AUGGAACGGGAGCAGUACAUCACCACCACCCAGGGCAGCAGCUCGCCCCGGCUGCCACCCGACCAGGUCUACAAGAUCGGUAUCUACGGCUGGAGGAAGCGCUGCCUCUACCUGUUUGUUCUGCUGCUCAUCGUCAUCCUGGUGGUCAACUUCGCCCUCACCAUCUGGAUCCUCCGGGUGAUGUGGUUCAACACGGAAGGGAUGGGACUCCUGCACGUUAACCCUGAUGGGAUCAAGCUGGAUGAGGGCGAGUCAGAGUUUCUUUUCCCCGUCUACGCCGAAGAGAUCCACUCAAGAGAAGACUCCUCACUUGUUGUGAGCUCAUCAGAAAAUGUUUUCCUCAAUGCCCGCAAUGAAAAAGGCAAUGUAACGGGGAGGACAUCAGUGGGUCCAAAAGAGGCUCGGGGACACACUCCAAAUCUGCUCAUUAGCUCCCAGAACGACAACAUGCUGUUCAGCGCAGAUGGAGAGCAGACUGUAAUCGGUCCGGACAAACUACGAGUUACAGGGCCUGAAGGAGCAGUGUUCCAGCACUCGGUGGAGGUUCCUCAGCUCAGAUCAGAACUUUUCAAAGACCUAAAGCUGGAGUGCCCAACCCGCUCUCUGAGUAUGGACGCACCUAAAGGGGUUCAUAUCAAAGCUCCAGCUGGAAACAUCGAAGCUGCUUCCAAAAUGAACGUUAUCCUGAAGUCGAGCGAGGGGCUGCUGGUGCUGGAUGCUGAGAUGGUGCGCAUGCCGAGCCUGCCCGUGAGCAAGGAGGGGGUAUCUGGAAACACUCAGGGUCUCUACGAGGUCUGCGUCUGUCCCAGUGGGAAGCUUUUCCGGUCUAAGGCUGGUAUAAAGUCCACUUGCAGCCAUAAUCAAGUUUGCUAGAGAGACUCUGACAAGGUCGUCGACUUUCCACCUCUCAGAGGAGGCAUCUUCUGGGAGGCAACAAGCACAACUGUUUCUAUGGCGUCUAAGUUUGUCCUUUUUAAUCUUCAUACCACAGUGGAUCUAUAAUGGAGGUUGGUAAAAAUACAACUGCCUGCUGGCCUUCAUGUCACAGGAAGCCCUGAAACACAUCAUUCUGGAGAUGGGUUUAUGUGCAUCUAUUUAAUUUAUAGAAAUCUGCUCUUGGUCAUAAAUGUAUCAGCAUGGGGAUUUAUUUUUACACAUACAGUAACAUGGCUGGGCAAUGAGGGGCUGGUAACAGCUUACAUCCUAUGCAAUAUUUUCUUGUGGUGCAAUAAUUGAAAUGAGCACAUAUCAAGGACUUGGAAAACUGUAAAAGAAAAUAGAAAUCACUUGAGUGGGAAUCUGGUUUUCUUAGAUAUUUAUUUGGGCUGAUGCCAGAUUUUGUCCAAGGCCUUAGUAUGUGAUUUUUUUGGUUUGGUGUUUAGCAUGUUUUAAUUUAAGAAUAAACAACAUGGAAAUGUUUUAGUUUUUAUUUAUUUUACACAAUUCUGAGAUUUUUUUAUAUAGUCAAAAUCAGCAGUUAUAGAUUUUGGUUUAGUUAUAAAUGUGUGAUGAGUUUGAGAUGAAAAUGUUAAAUCAUAAUACCAAUAGCUUGGUUGUAUGUCUUCCUUUCAAUGUCAAGGAAUGAAUCCACAGCCAGCAAACUAAAAACACAUAAACUUUGACUCUUAACCACAGAAACAUCUAAGAAAAACCGAGCGGACCCUCAAAUAGCUGUUUUCCUUUAAAUUUGCAUUUGAUGUUUUUUUACAACAAUAUGCAUAACAGGUGCUUAUUAUUUUCCUUAUUUGUAUGAUUGAUGGUUCGUGUUAAUCACUUCUAAAAACAGUUUUGUUCCUCAUGUUGUGGCGUUGUAACAUCAACCAAACUGUUAUUUAAGGUGGAGUUGUGUCCUCAGGUCUGUCUUAUCUGAUGGGAUGUAUUUAUACAUUUUGUAUGUUGAAUAAAGUUUGUUUUUUUCUUCUA